UCAAGGGAGACAAAAGUUGGUGAAGAAGCUGCAAAAGUCUUGCAAGAAGGAGGUCUUAAUGUGGUGUUCCAUCAGUUGGAUGUGGUGGAUUCUUCCUCGAUCAAAUUAUUUGCUGAUUGGGUAAACAACGCAGGAGUUAACUUCAAUGCUGGCUCGGAUAAUUCUGUAGAAUUUGCUGAAAAAGUUUUUGAUACCAACUACUACGGCACAAAAAAUAUGAUCAAAGCUCUGAUUCCUUUGAUGAGACCUUCUGCUUCUGGUGCUCGUAUUGUUAAUGUGAGCUCGCGACUAGGAAGGCUAAAUGGCAGGCGGAAUAGAAUUGGGAAUCUUUCUUUGAGACAACAACUCGAAGAUGAUGGCUCAUUAUCAGAAGAAUUGAUCGAUCAGACUGUUGCAACAUUUUUAGAACAAGUGAAUGAUGGAAGUUGGACAUCUGGUGGAUGGCCUCAAGUGUUCACCGAUUAUUCAUUGUCAAAACUGGCCGUCAACACUUACACCAGGCUGAUGAGUAGGGUACUUUCAGGUCGGCCGGAGGGUCAGAAGAUUUAUAUCAACUGCUACUGUCCAGGCUGGGUGAAGACAGCCAUGACAGGUUGGGCUGGGCAUACUAGCCCUGAAGAAGGAGCUGAUACUGCAGUCUGGCUUGCUUUGCUUCCUGAGCAAUUCGUAAGUGGCAAAUUCUUCGCUGAGAGGCGUGAAAUAAAUUACUAAAACCGGGUUGGAUUUUGCCACUGCAUGAAUGGAUGAGAUGAGCAUUUCCAGAAGGAAUAUGCAUAAUCUUUGAUGCCAUUUUUGGGAAGAUGGACUUCACGGUAUAGAAUUGUAUUAAGACAACAUCGUCUAUUGCAGUAUCCAGUCCUGUAGAGAAGCUACUUCAUAUCAACGUCUUCAUUGUGCUCGACUGAAUAGGAUUAUAUAGAAUAAGAUAUGAACCAUCUUCGGUUUUAUUUGAUUCAAGAUAGUAAAUAUACUCUACCUCGAAUAUUUCGAAGAGCAAAUUGAACAUUAAUUGAAAUACAAAAGUACACUCUCACUUAAGGUGGACUGAUAUUUUGUCA